AUGACAUCUACGAAUGAUAAUGAAGAAUUUAAAUCUUUGUUGGACAAAAUUAUUCCUAUUAUUAAUAUCGAGUCUAAUCGAAUUCCAACAAAAACUGAUUCGAAUUUAAAUGUUGAUAUAGAUACAAUAUCAUGUAAUCGUUAUGAAGAACAACGUAUGGAAGAAUUAACAAAAAAUAUUGAAAAAUAUCUCAAUGAAUCUUUAUCAAAAUUAAAUAUUAAAUUUCAUCAAUUUCUAUUGAAUUGUCUUAUUGAAUAUCAUUAUGAUCAUGAGCAAUCUCAAUUCAAACAGAUUUUAACUAUUAAUCGUUUAGAACCAUUUCGUAAUGAUCUUCAAGGAAUUCGAGAUGCUCUUGAUGCAUUUUGUGCAGCAUGGAAUGGAAAUAAACAAUUAGUUGAAAUCUUUCUCGAAAAUUAUCCAACAUUUAAAGAUAAACCAGGACCAUGGGGAACAACACUUCUUUAUUCUGCUGCAAGAAAUGGUCGACUAGAUGUUGUUGAAUAUCUUCUUAAUACAUGUCAUUGUUCUGUUGAUGCUCAAAAUCGACAACAUAUUCAACGAGCUCUUCGAAUGGAUAGAAUUACCGCAGCGGAUUAUAAUGUUGAUCCAAGUGCUGGCUCGACUGCUUUACAUGGUGCAUGUCAUGGAGGAUAUUUAGAUAUCGUUAAAUAUCUUAUUGAUUAUGGUGCUAAUUGGUAUAUUCGAAAUCAAGCCGAAGAAACAUCAGUAAUGAAUGCGAAUAAAUGGCCACAUAUAAUUAAAUACUUUCAAAAUAUUUUUAAUCGUGGCUAUCUCGAAGAACAAAUAGCUUUACCUGAAUAUCCAGUAAUUGAAAUGAAUAAAAAUAACAAAAAAGAUUGUAUUUGGGAAUUUUUACCAUUUUGUGAUUACGAAACUUGGCUUCCUUAUGAUGAAUCUGAAAUGAUACAAUUGAAUAAGUUAAUGAUAGUUAAAGAUGAUGAACAAUUUCAAACUGAAUAUCAAUGGAAUAUUUCACAAACAAUUUCUAUGGUUCGUUUUCUUCAAUAUGGAGACAUUCUUGCAUGGGUUCGAUGUCGUGGUUCAUCGAUUCUUAAUUUUGAUUGUUUUUCAUUAUGGCAAAUAUUUUAUCUUAAACAUCCAAACGGAAAAUAUGAAAAAGAAGAACAUACGUCAAUGAAAAUAUUAGAUCUUUCAUUACUCGAUGAAAAUCAACUAGAUAUUCAAUUAAAUACUUGGUAUGAUUGUGAUGCGAAUACUAAUGAUCAACUCGAUGAUGCAAUGAAUAAUCGAAAAAAGUAUAUUACAUUUUCAGUCAUUGAUCAAUCUAUUAAAUUCGAUUUAAUGAAUUUUACAUUUAAUAAUGAAAAUGAAACAAUUUCAGGUUUUAUAAGAUGGAUUCCAAAAUUAGUAUCAAAUAAAGAACAUCGGAUUGUUCCGAUUGAUAAUUAUCAAGCUUCAUCAAAUAUUAAUCCAAUUCCAUUGACAACAGAACAUCGUAAAGCAGCUUUAAAAUCAACAUUCGAUUCUGAUGAUGAUAAUGAUGAAGUUCCAAUCGAUUAUGAUAUUGUCAAAGAUGAUAAACAAUCCGAUGAGGAAGUAUUCUUAUCUGAAGAUAAAAAUCAAAUAUCUGAAGAGCCAAUUCCAUCAGAUACGUUUGAUGAUGGAAUGGAAAUGACUAUUAAUCAGUGCAUCGAUGAUGGCCUAGCCAACGAAAAAGCAUCGGAGCAAUUAUCCGAUAUAAAAACAUCGAUAUUAGAAGAAGAAUUACGUAAGAGAAUCGAAGAAUUGGAAAAUAUUCUUAAAAUCGAAUCGAUAAAAAUGCAAACACAGUUGGAAACCCAGGAACGAAAACAGAUAAUGAAGCAAGAAGAAGCAGAAGAAACUAUUAAAGUAGCAUUUGAAAAUAUUAAAAAAUUAACAGAUGAAUUAAAUCCAUUGAAAGAACAAAAUAAAUUUAUAGAAAAAAUGAAACAAAAAAUUCAAAUUAUUGAAUAUAAUAGAAUUCCAGGAGAAGUUAUGCAUGAUUUUCUUUUUCCAAGAUAUCAUUACUUUGUUAAUCAAUUGAGAGUUACUGUUACAGGCAUUAAAGAAGAUGAUCUUAAUAAUAUUUUAACUAUAAAACCUCGAAAAAUAGAUGAUGAUUAUCAAUUAAUAAUUCAAGGUUUACCAGAACAUCAUGUAGCAUUCAAAGUAAUGCUUAAACGAGUAUUAGCUUUGUUCAAUUGUCAAACAUCAAGUAUAGAUUAUUAUGAACGACAUUCAAAUCGAAUAUUACGUUUAAUUAGUCAGACUUUAAUAAAUAUUGAUGUUCGAACAAAAAGUUGGAAAAAAUAUAGUGAAAUUCUCAAACGUUUACUACAUGAAAAGAUGAUUACCUAUAAAACAAAGUUUAAUCAUUAUAUUAAAUCCAACGCUACGUCAUUAACAGAACAAGCUAUUGAUGAUCCAUCAAUGUCACCAUCUGAUAAACUUCGUCAAAUUACAAAGAACUUUACUGAUGAAAAUUCAUUUAUGAAUGAAAUCGAAAAUUUGAAAUAUCAAGCAAUGGAAGAAUUUAUUCAACAAAAUAUUACUUCACAAUUUGUCCAUCUUAAUAAGAGACCUCGUCCAUCAUCAAUUCAAACUUUAAAUAUAUUUCUUGAUCGUAUUAAAAACCAGCUACAAACGAAUCCAAACUUUAUUGGUAAUGAGAUUACACAUUUCAAAUUAAUUCCUGAUUUAUUAAAACAAAUUUUACUUUAUUAUUCAUGUUUUCUAUUACAAUUACCUUUGUUUGAUGAAUCGACGAAACUUCUCGACAUGAUCGAUGCAAAUACAGUAACAACAAUUGAUACUGCAACAGGAUCGGGUAAAUCGACAUUGUUACCUGCUUUACUCAUUGCUGAAGGAUAUGAUAAAGUAUUAGUAACUCAACCUCGUCGUUAUCCUUGUACAUCUGUUUCAAAACGUGUUAAUGACACAAUCAAAACUGAUAUCAAUGGUGUAUCUGAAAAACUUGCAGGAUGGGCUAUCAGUGGUGAAGAAAGUAAUCCCAAUGCUCCAAUUGUUUAUGUAACUGAUGGUCUUCUUCGAGAAAGUCUUUUGAAUAAUACAAAUUUCAUAUCUAUUCAUACUGAAGUGAAAAAAGCUACAGUGUUUUUCAUUGAUGAAGUUCAUGAACGUUCAAUUAAUAUUGAUUUAUGUUUAGCUCUCUUAGCUCGAUUAUUAACUAUUGAACCGACGAUACGAACAAGAAUAAAAUUAAUUAUUUCUUCUGCAACAUUAAAUGAAUCUGUACCAAGAUUAUUUGAAAAUAUUUCUGCUAUUAAUGUAAAACAAUUUCAAUUACCACAAAUUCGUUUAUUACAUGAUGUCAAAAAAAUCCCUCGACCAAAAGAAAAUAUUUUAGAUGUUGUUCAAGAAUUAUUUAAAAAACGUCAACGACAUGAUCAAAUUUUAUGUUUUGUUAAUUCAGUCACUGAAGUUCAUCAAUGUUGCCGUUUAUUAGAACAGUUAACUCAAGGUACAAUUAAAGGAUAUCCGUUAAUUCAAAGUCAAUCAGCUGCCGAACAACGAUCAUACAUUGAACAUGGUAGUGUUUUCUUUUCUACAACGGUAGCUGAAACAUCAUUAACUUUUCCUUCAUUAAAAUAUGUUAUUGAUAGUGGAAUGAUUAAUAUACCUAUUUAUGAUUCAAAGACAAAACGAACUGUUUUAAAACAGGUUCGAGCUUCUGAAUCAACAAUUAAACAACGUCUUGGACGAUUGGGACGAACUCAAGAUGGAGAAUAUUAUGCUUUAUAUGAUUUUCAAGUUGAAGAACAACGCUUUCCAAUCCCACAAAUUUGCCAAUUGGAUUUAACUAACCAAGAAUUUAUUUUGAGACGAUCAGUAAUUGGACGUGGAUUACAUUAUAUGCAACACUUUUUACCUGAUAAGCCAGAUGCCGAUGCUCUUGACGCCACUGUAAAAGAACUCGUUCGACUCAAUGUGUUAGAAAAAGCAUUAACAGAUGAACGAUUUACUUCACAUGGUCAAGCUCUGGCACAGCUUCCUGAUUUUGGUUCAAUAGCAAUGUCAAAAGCAGUUUUAGCGGCUCUCACUCAAUAUCAUUGUGGCCGUGAUCUUAUCUGUCUUUCAUCGAUGUUAGGUGUUUUAAAUACAGCAUCUAUAUUGAAAGAUAUUCCAUCGGUUAUGAAAAGUUCUGAUGGUGAUUUUAUGACUCUAUUGAAUGUAAUGAAUGAACUUCUAUUGAUCAAACAAUCAACUGCAGCACAAAAGUUUGAUUUGCAAAUCGUUUGUCAAGAAAAAGGAUUAGAACGAAUUCGACAUGUUAUAAAACAGGCUUUGAGAAGAUAUGACAAUUUAGAAAAAAUCUUUAAUACUUCGAAUCAAUUUCGUCAACAAUCACAGACUCGAUCGGGUAAUUGGAAAUUUAUUGCCAAAUCUUUAUUAGAAGGAUAUGGAGAUAAUGUAUUUGUAUCAAUGAAAGAAAUUCAAGAUCGAACUCAUCGAUUUGCUCGAUAUAGAGAUACAAAAGAUAUUGCUAUACUUGAUUUACAAUCAACUUUAACACGACCAAUAAGUCAAGCACCAGUACGUUUAGUUUUAUCACGAGAUGUACUUUAUACUUCAGCUGCUCGUUUAACAUCAAUUAUUUCUUUUGUUGGUGAACUCAAACCAUCAUGGAUCGAACAUCAUUUAGAACGGUAUUUUAUUUUGACCAACGAAGAGAAAGAUCAUUUAGAAAGUCAUCACGUUCUCACAAAAAUCCGAACGGCUAUCACUACUGUUGCCAACUGGAUACAAAAUAAACCUGCAUACGUCUUAAAGAACCAAACAGGAAUUGUUUUCAAUGAUGAACUUCAAUUACGUAAAGAAUUAAUUACAACUAAAACCUUUGAAUUAGAAAACAAAUGUAAAGUAGGAACUACUGAAUAUGAUAAUCUAUCUCGAAAUCUUGAAAGUGUGACCAAAAUGGUUUACAUUUUUCAACCAAUGCGAUGGCGAUGGGAAGCAGAGAAACAAAUGAAAAUCACUGUUGACAAUAAUGCAGCCGGAAAGACUUGUGUAGUAAAGGUCGAAGGACGACUUUCUGAACAAGAAAAUGUAAAAAAAGAAUUUGAUUCGUUUGCAUAUUGGUUGAAAUGGUGUGUGGUUAUUCGUCAUCCAAAUUCAGGAGUCUUACCCCGUUUACUUCAUCCUCGAUUACGUAAGAAAUACCCACAUAUUGAGAAAAAUAUCGCACGUAUCACCGAUGUUGAUCGAACUUUGGUCGAUCUCUACAAAGCAGUAAAGGGCAAACAUGCUACAAGGGAAUCACGUAUGGAAGUAGUAGCAUGGAUCGCUGUUUGUGAAUUUCAUUGUAAACUAGAAGGUGGUUUCGUUCGAGAUUGGGUCGUUCGACAUAAAGCGAAUGUACCAGCGAAUUUAAAGAAUAAUCCAAUGGCAUGGAUCGAAUAUCGAACUAAUAAAGAAGGCCAAAAUAUUCCGGGUAUUACGAAAGGUAUCGUUCCGUCAGAUUUAGAUUGCCAUCUACCUUUGCAUCAGUAUUUCGAUAUUGAAAAAUUUCAAGAUCGAUUACACAAAUUCGAUAUUGUUUGUAGCGUAUUUCGUGAGAACUGGAGAUACAUCGUACUAAUUGAUGAGAAUGCACCAACCGGUCCGUUUACUAUGGAUCUUAUCGAACCUCAUGUAGCAUUGACCCAUGAUCGUAUUGAUCUUGAUGUAAGUAAUCUUUCAUUAGAACGAAAUUAUCCACGAGAACUUGGUAUGCGUAUCGAUGUGACUGAAUCGCCUUACUCGAUUGAAGUAGAAUCAAUUGUGGAAAACACCAUGGAAGGACGCUUUCGAGUUCUUCGUCCGAUUGAUGCAUUUGUGAGAGAUCGUAUCGACAAAAUGGUUCAACGUGGAUGGAAACAACAAGGCGAGCCGAUCAAUGUCAAUCCAUCACCACCACCACGAUGUUAUUCAAUUCUUGUACCACUUCCAAAUACAUCACCAUUAUACCAAUCAUUAGAAAAUGAAAUGAAAAAGAUUAAUCAAUCUAUUAAAAUUAUUGCCAUCGAAGAAGUGAAAAAUCCUCUUCUCGAAAGCACCUACGAAGCAAUCAAGAAGAUGAUCGCUAAAGAAUGUUCCGGUUCGAAUCCAAAUGAACGAAAAUUAUUCCAUGGUACUAGAACAGAUGGUAUGAGAGGUAUAGUAGAAAAUGGCUUUGACGAUCGUUUUUUUGAUCCGGAUGGAGCAUGGGGUGCUGGGGCUUAUUUUGCUGAUCAUCCUCUUAAAUCUCAUGGUUACACCGCUGCAGAGGGAAAUGAUAAAACACGUGUGAUGUUCUAUAACAAGGUCACAUUGGGUAAAGAAUCUAUACAAGGGCAAAUUAAUAAUAAAUUGGUUGCAGCACCGAAAGACUUUCAUUCUGUGAGGGGAACUUGUUUUCCUUACACUGAAUACAUUGUCUAUCGUUUUGGUCAAGCUUUGCCAUAUCUCAGAAUUACCUACAAAGUUUAG